AUGGUAACAACAAGAGAUAUCGUACUCGGCACUGCGGCUGCGGCAGCUGUCUGUGGAAUAGGCUACUUGAUCUACUUCGACCAGAGGAGACAAAGAGAUCCCGCGUUCAGGAGAAAGCUGAGAAAACAACGAAAAGAAGUGGCCAAUGCAAAAGAGGCCGAUGCAGCAGAGGCCAGGUUACGCCAAAAAGCAGCGGCCGCUGCUGCAAGUGCCGCCGGAGGAGGCUUCGAUCUUGAUGAACCUAUACCAACUAGUCCACAAGAGCGAGGAGAAUACUUCAUGAAGCAUUUGCAGAUGGGAGAAGCGUUACUGGCUCGAGGUCCUCAAGCUUAUGAUGUAGCCGCAAAAUGCUUCUUCAAAGCACUUCAGGCAUACGCUGAGCCAAUGAACCUGUUGAUGGUCCUUCAGCAAUCGGUGCCUGAGCCUGUGAUGAACACUAUCAUGGAGCUGUACGCCGCUGAUCUGAAGCAGCAUCAACAAGAAUACUUCAACCACUUCCCGCCUCAGAGUAUGAACGUGAAAGUGAAGGAAGUCCAGCAGGGCACUACGCCUGACGGAAAGAGAAUUGUACGGAGAGGUCUGAGUGUCAUAAAGGACGUGGCGGUUGGGGAGGAGAUUUAUCGAGAGCGACCAAUUGUCUCAACCCAGUAUCUGACCAACGGCAAACUGUGCGGUUAUUGCCUUAAAUCCCUCGAUCGCGCUGACGGUGUGAUUCCUUGUGAGAAUUGCCAGGAGGAGAACUACUGCUGCGAUUCGUGUCGGGAUUCAGCGAGAAAAGAAUUCCAUGGCAUCCUUUGUGCUGCAGACCCCACAACUAGUGAAGCAUACAAGAAGCUCUUGGAGCACUGUUCGGAGAAACACACGAAGCUCCCGCUCCUGGUUGCUAAUUUCCUAGCAAAAAUGGUGUACGAAGAAACGGUAAAGCCCGAGGAAGGGACAGAAAAACCCAAAUAUUCGACGUGGGACCACUUGGAGCGUCUCUACGACUUGAAGUUGAAGCCUACCGAGGAAGAUCAACAAGAAGUAGCACUGAUCAAGCAGGUUAUUGGCAACAAGGUGCCCGGAUUUGAUGACUUCCUCACCGAAGAUCGAUACGUCUUGAUCAAAGGCAAGAUGUCUUACAAUGCAUAUGCUGUUGCAACCGGAAGCCAGGCGACUCCUGUGCUUAACAGCGAUCCUGUCCGCGGAGCCUUCGCCGCGGACCAGAAAACCGGAGUUGGUUUAUAUCAUGUGACAAGCUUGAUUGCUCAUUCCUGCGAUCCAAAUGUGGAUACCCAAUAUCAAGACGGUACCAAUGAGCUUACCUUGGUUGCCAAGAGCGGCCUAAAAGCCGGAGACGAGCUUUACGUUAGCUACAUUGUUCCUGAUGGCAAGGAGACCAAGGAAAGGAGAAAGGAAUUGAAAGAAAAGUAUUCAUUUCAUUGCAAAUGCACCAAAUGCACCUCCUCCAUGGAUCUUCUCGCUGAAGGCGGGGCUGGCAAUGACGAGGCCCUCGACGUGACGCAAAUGACGUCCGUUACAGCAAUCAUCAACGACGAUGACAGUGUCGACGUUACUGCUACCCAAGUGACGACUGUGGUAGAUAGUACUUCUACUUCUCUCGGUGAAGACGGUGUUUCUCUCGAAACCGAGAUAACGACCCUUGAAGGGGACGGGACAUCCGUGACACUGAAGACAACAGAGCUCGCUGUGCUUGAAACCGUGGAUGAGAGCUCCACGGGUUUGGUUUAG